CAAUUUUCCUUUCAGUAUGGAGACAUCUACAACUUCCCCAUCCACGCCUUUGACAAGGCCCUGCAGCAGCAAGAUGCGGAGAGCGAGAGCGAGUCGGAUGCUGAGAGGGAAGAAGAUGAGGAUGAUGAUGAGGACGUGGAUAAGAGGGAGUUUGUGGAGGCAGAGGACAGCGAGCUCAGCGACUUUGAGGACAUGGACAAGCUGGAGACAAGCAGUGAAGAGGAGCAGGAAGAGGAGGAAGAAGAGGAGAAAGCCUCCCACUCCAAAUCUAAAGGGAAAACGCCCCUGAAGGGCCCAGCCAGGAGAAAACGUCCCCACAUCGAGAUCGAGUACGAGGAGGAGACAGAGCCCAGCGCCAAGACAAAAGCAGCCUGAGCCCUCCUGGUGCCAUUUUGUACUGACUGAACUCCAGAGGUGCCACCAGAGGGUGACUCCAGCAUCUGUCACCCACCUCCACCCCUCACAGGACCCUGCUUUGAUAACUCCAUGCGUUUUCUGGGGUUUGUGUCCCGAGCCCAGGCACUUGCAGUGAGUUUGUACAACGCUCAAAGGAACAUCUCCCACCUCCUCUGCAUCCCCAAAAAGCUGAGCCCAGGAAGGGCCCUGGCCUGGGGGGCUCUGCUGCUCCCUGAAAGCUCAGCUGUGCCUGGGGGAGGUGUGGGGCUCACAGGUGGGAGAAGAACUACAGAACUUUAAAUAAAAACAAGAAUUUUAUUGUACAAAAGGGGCUGAGCAGUGUCAGGCACCUCAGGUGCUCUCCUGUACCUGCAGGGAACAGAGCAGCAUUGCAGUGCCCUGGCACAGUGCCCGAGCCAACACUUGGAUACCAAGCCCAGGGCCCAUUCCUGUGCUGCCACCCCCUCAGGAAGGUGGGCACGGCCCCAGGUGCAGCUCUCACCCCUCAGGAAGGUGGGCAUGGGACAAGAACGACAGAACUUUAAAUAAACACAACAAUUUUAUUGUACAAAAGGGGCUGAGCAGUGUCAGGAGCUCUCCUGCACCUUCCUGAAGCACUCCUGCAGCCUCUUCUCCUCACAGCUGCUGUGCAGCCCAGCCAGCAGCACCUGCAGGGAGCAGAGCAGCAUGGCAGUGCCCUGUGACACUGAUGGUGCCACCCACCCUGCCCAGGUGACACUGAGCCCACCAACA